GCUCCCAAGAUGGCGUCCAUCGUGGAAGGGCCGCUGAGCAAGUGGACUAACGUGAUGAAGGGCUGGCAGUACCGUUGGUUCGUGCUGGACUACAACGCAGGGCUGCUGUCCUACUACACGUCCAAGGACAAGAUGAUGAGAGGCUCCCGACGAGGAUGUGUCCGGCUCAGGGGAGCCGUGAUUGGGAUAGAUGACGAGGACGACAGCACCUUCACAAUAACAGUUGAUCAGAAAACCUUCCACUUCCAGGCUCGAGAUGCAGAUGAACGAGAGAAGUGGAUCCACGCCUUAGAGGAGACCAUUCUGCGGCACACUCUCCAGCUCCAGAUCAGUACCACACUUGCUUUUUUCCAGUCCUCUGGUAUCUCUCCAGUUCUUGAAUUUUCAAAAAUAAUUGGUUUGGAUUCAGGCUUUGUUCCUAGUGUCCAAGACUUUGAUAAGAAACUUACGGAGGCUGACGCUUACCUGCAGAUCUUGAUAGAACAAUUAAAGCUUUUUGAUGACAAGCUCCAAAAUUGUAAAGAUGACGAACAGAGAAAGAAAGUUGAAACUCUCAAAGACACAACAAAUAGCAUGGUAGAAUCCAUUAAACACUGCAUUGUGUUGCUUCAGAUUGCUAAAGACCAGAGUAAUGCGGAGCAGCACGCAGAUGGGAUGAUAAGUGCUAUCAAUCCUGUAGACGCAAUAUACCAGCCUGGUCCCUUGGAACCCGUGAUCAGCACCAUGCCUUCCCAGACUGUCCUACCUCCAGAACCUGCUCAGUUGUGUAAGUCAGAGCAGCGUCCAUCGUCCUUACCUGUGGGACCUGUGUUAGCUACCUUGGGACAUCACCAGACUCCAACACCAAACAGCACAGGCAGCGGGAACUCGCCGCCCAGCAGCAGCCUCACGCCUCCCAGCCACGUCAACCUGUCUCCAAGCACGGUCCCCGAGUUCUCCUACUCCAGCAGUGAAGACGAGUUCUAUGAUGCCGACGAGUUCCACCAGAGCGGCUCCUCCCCACAGCGCUUGAUCGAUUCUUCUGGCUCUGCCUCAGUCUUGACACACAGCAGCUCCGGAAAUAGCCUGAAACGCCCAGACACCACAGAAUCCCUGAAUUCCUCCAUGUCCAAUGGCACAAGCGAUGCUGAUCUUUUUGACUCCCAUGAUGACCGAGAUGACGAUGCGGAAGCAGGCUCGGUGGAGGAGCACAAGAGCGUCAUCAUGCACCUCUUAUCACAAGUCAGGCUCGGGAUGGACCUCACAAAGGUAGUUCUUCCAACGUUUAUUCUCGAGAGAAGAUCGCUCUUAGAAAUGUAUGCAGACUUUUUCGCACAUCCGGACCUGUUCGUGAGCAUCAGCGAUCAGAAGGACCCCAGGGAUCGCAUGGUCCAGGUUGUGAAAUGGUACCUGUCGGCCUUCCAUGCAGGAAGGAGAGGGUCAGUGGCCAAGAAGCCGUACAAUCCUAUUCUGGGCGAGAUCUUUCAGUGCCACUGGACAUUGCCAAACGACUCAGAAGAGAACGCAGAGCUCGUUUCAGAAGGGCCAGUUCCCUGGGUCUCUAAGAACAGUGUGACAUUUGUGGCUGAGCAAGUGUCCCAUCAUCCACCCAUUUCAGCCUUUUAUGCUGAGUGUUUUAACAAGAAGAUACAAUUCAAUGCUCAUAUCUGGACUAAAUCAAAAUUCCUUGGGAUGUCAAUUGGGGUACACAACAUAGGCCAGGGCUGCGUUUCCUGUCUGGAGUACGACGAACACUACAUUCUCACCUUCCCCAACGGCUAUGGGAGGUCCAUCCUGACAGUGCCCUGGGUGGAGUUAGGAGGAGAGUGCAGCAUUAACUGCUCCAAAACAGGCUACAGUGCAAACAUCGUCUUCCACACCAAGCCUUUCUACGGGGGCAAGAAGCACAGAAUCACUGCAGACAUUUUUUCUCCAAACGACAAGAAGUCUUUCUGCUCAAUUGAAGGGGAGUGGAAUGGUAUCAUGUACGCGAAAUACGCAACCGGGGAAAAUACUGUCUUUGUCGACACCAAGAAGUUGCCUAUCAUCAAGAAAAAAGUGAGGAAGUUGGAAGAUCAGAACGAGUAUGAGUCCCGCUGCCUUUGGAAGGACGUCACUUUCAACUUAAAAAUCAGAGACAUUGACGCAGCAACCGAAGCAAAGCACAGACUUGAAGAAAGACAGAGAGCAGAAGCCAGAGAAAGGAAGGAGAAAGAAAUUCAGUGGGAGACAAGGCUCUUCCACGAAGAUGGGGAAUGCUGGGUUUAUGACGAGCCGCUACUGAAGCGCCUCGGUGCUGUGAAGCACUAGGCUGGCACCUCAGCCCCUACUGGGGACCAGGGCAGCAGGCAUCACUGAGCAACAAUCGAUCUUCCUUCAGGAGAACCUGGCACUCCCUUUUUAUUGCAGUGGUUCCUAUCUCAGGGAUACUGGACUUGACGACACAGAUGAACAAUUAAAGUGGAAAACGCUUCCCUUUUCUCCUCUGUGGCAGUUACAAUUUUGACUUCAGUCCUGAGAAAAACUUCAGGUUUUGAAACAAGAUGUCUCUUCCUUUUCCAGAUCCCACGCUUUGAAAAGCAUUUAUAGACGGACCCGGGUCUCAGCUUCCUGUCCUUCAAUUCUGUUGAGGCAUAAAAUCCUUGUCUCCUAGUUCAUAUACUCUCUGGUUCUAGAUACACACACACACACGAUAUACCUGGCAGUUUUUCACAAGUACACAAACCUGUAAAUACUGUAUCCUCAGAGUUGUUUUAGAAAAUUAGCGCAGUGUAUGAAAAUCAAGUGUUAAGGAAAUUUCAUGGUUUCACCUAUAACCUUUAUUUUAGAACUGAACUAUUAGAUUGUAUCUAAACCUGGAUUAGUAUGCAGUGCUUCUUAAGGCUUCAUAAAAUAAUUUUCCAACCUUUUUAAAAA